AUGUCUUCUCCUGUUACCCGCCCACUUUUUGGAGGCGCUAUUGUUGCGGAGACGCCAGCGAACCUGAUCGAUGCCUCUGAUGUGCGUCAGGUCCCCGAUGCCCAGGAAGUGCUUUUGUACCCUAAUUCCAGUGUUAGUAUCAUCGUCGAAAUUCUCCAAAGGGUCGAACCUGCCCAUUUUGAAGACGCCAUCAAAUUCCAUUUUGAUUCCGUCGCCCAUGAUAAUUCGGCGCAAUCUGUACUCGUGGAUUCCGUCACUGUUGUUCCCAAUGACAGAGGCGAUGACACGCCUUCUGCUGUCACUCUCAAGGGUGCACAGCGCGUCCCAAAAUUUAAUCGUGUCACACCGGAUGAUGUCCGCAUCUUCAUGGCUCUCUUUCGUCUGGAACACAAAGAAAUAGACCUUGUGGUCACCUUUAAUGUUCCUGUCAUGACACAGGAUGGAGGGGCAGUCGGCUCCGAAGGAUUAGAACAAGCGGAAUCAGACUUUCACAAAUUUGUCACAUCUUUCCGAAUUUGCGAUUACGGCCUGUUUGCUUAG